GCCAAAAGGAGAAAAAAAAAGAAAGGAGUACUUGCCCAAACUAUAUAUAUUGAAGAUUGCCGAGGUUUCAUCAGCUUAUGAAAAGCAAUGUUUGGAAGGGAGAAGACAGCGUCACCAAUUGCAAGUUCAUUUUCAUUUUUGCUGCGGAAGACAUGGAAUGCAUGGGACGUGAGGGGGAUGGUUCUUCUAAGCUUACUCUUGCAAAUCGCCCUUUUUAUUUUAGCCAGGCGCAGGAAAUACAGUGUUAGCCUUAUAAACAGAAUGACUCUCUGGUUAGCCUACAUAAGUGCGGAUUGGAUUGCCAUUGCCACUCUCGGUAAGCUUUCUAAUUCCCAUGCAGAAUCUCCCACCACCAACGUUCUAAGAGCACUAUGGGCUCCUUUACUUAUUCUUCAUCUUGGUGGCCCUGACACUAUCACUGCCUAUGCUUUUGAGGAUACCCAGCUUUGGACCAGACAUCUCCUCACCUUAGUUGUCCAAUCCAUCCUUGCCAUUUAUGUCAUUUAUUUGUCAUGGACCCAAGUUUGGUUUUCCCUUUUGACUCUUCCUCUGAUUUUAGCUGGAAUCAUCAAAUAUGUAGAAAGGAUUUUGUGUCUUAAGCUCACUAACUCAAAGAGAACCAGUUGGAUCAUCUCCAUCUUUAACAAUCCUGCUCAUCUAUCUCUCCCUGAAUUAAAUGAAUUAUUAGAUAAUCCAGAAUCACAGGUAGUACUCCUAGGCUAUUUAUUGUUUUCAGCAAUGAGACCAGACGUCAAUGAUUACCUCUGUCACAAGGAGUAUCCCCUGUCCUUUAAAGUGAGGAUACAAACCUAUCUGAGGGAAACUAUUGGUCAAUUCAGCCAAGAAGUCAAGUUAAUUGUGCAAGACUGGCUUAAAGGUAGUGAGCUAAGCGAUAGUCAUUUCAACAUAGCUGCUGCAGAACUGGGGUUUAUAUUUGAUGUUGUUUACACCAAGGCUGCUUUGAUUUAUACCAAGAAAGGAUGCUUCUUGCGCCUCUGCAGCUUCACGUGCUCCUUAGCAGUUCUUCUGCUCUUCCUAAUCAGCGUCAUGAAUGAGUCAACAUUCAGUUUCUCAAGAGUUGAUAUUUUCAUAACAAUCAGCUUGCUGGUUGGAGCUGUUACGAUGGAAUUUUGUACAGUGUUCUCAAUGCUUUCUUCUGACUGGGCAGUGCUUCUGAUGUUAUUUCAUGACAAUUGUCUGGUACGCAAGAUUCUCCAGUAUGUCUUGCAAUACAUCCCUUGCUUAUUGUCUCAACAGAAGGUGAGGUCAAGUCAGAUGGGACAAUUUGAUUUGUUGGAUUAUUGCUGGAAUUACAGUAAGGCGAAGGUUUAUGGUUUUUUAGAAAAGAAUUGUGGUAGUGAUAUUCUUGAAAAUUGGCAUAGGUUCAAGUAUACCAGGUUUAAGAAUGUUCCAAGCUGUUUGAGGCAGAAAGAGGUUUACCAAGGGCGGCUAGAUUCCUUCUUUAUGGGUGAUUCCUUUGAAGCAACAAGGGGGGAAAAAACGCUUAAUGAAUUUGCCAGAAUGGGUGAUUCCUUUUUGGCAAAAUCUGAUGUACGUGAUCACCUCAAUUGGAGCAUCAAAGUGUACUUUGAUUCCAGCAUCAUAACUUGGCACCUGGUUACAAGUAUUUGUUACCGUCAAGAUCAUGAUCUCAUAAAAAAUGCUCCCAGUGAAGAAAUGAAGAUCAGCAAAUAUUUAUCAGAUUAUAUGAUGUAUCUGCUAGUCAUGCGACCUGCUAUGCUACUGCCUGAGCACUGUAGGAGUUUCUGGUUGGAUCAUGCUCUUGAUAAGCUCAGGGACACUUUCUCUGAAGCCUCCAAAAAGAAGGCUGCCUUCAAUUCACUCCUCGACCUGUCCGAACUCAGACCCAGGACUGCGUUGGAGAACAGGACAGCGUUAGAGGACUUGCCAAAGUUUGCUGGAUACGUGGCCACAAAAUUGGAGCAAUGCGAUAAUAAAUGGGAGCUGAUAAAGGCAAUGUGGAUUGAGAUGCUUCUCUAUGCAGCACUUCGUACCAGCAUGUAAACCAUGUUAAGCAAUUGGGACAAUACGGCCGUGAACUCCUUACUUUAAUCUGGGUCAUGGGAGGCUUCCGUAUUAUACAAGAAGUGAUGACAUAGGAUGUGUAGUCUUUAUGGUCUCAGAUUUGGCCGUAGAGAAUUUAUGGGUGUUCUUGUUGUGUGCAUUUGAGAGAGUGUGCGAGUCUUCAUCCAAUUAGGUUCUUGUGCAAUCUUCUUCUUAGUGUUCAAAUUCUUUAUUGUUGAGAAUUUAAAGCUUCAACCAUUAUUGUACUCGAGUGUAUUUAUUAG